ACAGCCAAUGAAAUCUCCCGGUUGUAUCGCCUCUGCCUUCAACAAUAAUAAUAAAAAUAAAGCAUUGCAAAGAACCAGUCAGCAAAACCUGAAGUUCCACCAAAAUCUCAAAAUCUAAGCGCAGACCAGUCAGCCCGCUGUGUUGACUCGCCCGAGUCAAUCAAAAGCAAAGCACUCUAACGCAGAAAUCACCAUGCCUUUUGAAAUGGAAUCCAUGGCCGCCGCUAUUGGCGUCUCCGUACCAGUUUUGAGGUUCCUUCUUUGCUUUGUGGUCACAAUUCCAGUGAGUUUCAUCCACCGAUUCGUCCCGAGUUCAUUCGGCAAGCAUUUAUACGCUGCUAUUUCAGGGGCUUUCCUCUCGUAUCUAUCAUUUGGGUUCUCUUCAAAUCUUCACUUCUUGGUGCCCAUGUUGUUGGGCUACCUUUCGAUGGUCCUGUUUCGGCCUUACUGUGGAAUCCUUACGUUUUUAUUUGGAUUCGGCUAUUUAAUUGGCUGCCAUGUGUAUUACAUGAGUGGUGAUGCAUGGAAGGAAGGAGGCAUUGAUGCCACUGGGGCUUUAAUGGUGUUAACACUGAAAGUCAUAUCAUGCGCCAUGAAUUACAAUGAUGGACUAUUAAAAGAGGAAGAAUUGCGAGAGGUUCAGAAGAAAAACCGCUUGAUUAAGCUGCCCUCUUUUAUUGAGUAUGUUGGUUACUGCCUCUGUUGCGGGAGCCACUUUGCUGGUCCAGUUUAUGAAAUGAAGGAUUAUCUUGAGUGGACUGAAAGAAAAGGGAUUUGGGCCCCUAGUGAGAAAGGGCCCUCACCAUCACCUUUCGGGGCAACAAUUCGAGCUCUUUUCCAAGCUGCUGUUUGCAUGGCCUUGUAUCUGUACCUGAUACCCCAGUAUAACAUACCCGGGCUCAAUGGUCCAGCAUACAAAGGAUGGGGCUUCUGGAAACGGCUGGGUUACCAGUAUAUGUCAGGCUUCACAGCACGAUGGAAAUAUUAUUUCAUCUGGUCAAUUUCAGAGGCAGCUAUUAUUGUCUCUGGCCUGGGUUUAAGUGGUUGGACAGAGACUUCUCCACCAAGGCCACAAUGGGAUCGUGCAAAAAAUGUUGACAUUCUAGGUGUUGAGUUUGCUAAGAGUGCAGUUCAGUUGCCACUUGUAUGGAAUAUACAAGUCAGCACUUGGCUUCGUCAUUAUGUUUAUGAUAGACUUGUUCAGAAGGGGAAGAAACCUGGUUUCUUUCAGUUGUUAGCCACACAGACUACCAGUGCUGUUUGGCAUGGAUUGUAUCCUGGGUACAUAAUAUUCUUUGUCCAGUCAGCGUUGAUGAUUGCUGGUUCAAGGGUCCUAUACAGAUGGCAACAAACUAUACCUCCAAAUAUGGCUCUGGUGAAGAAGUUGCUUGUGUUUAUUAACGUUGCUUACACCAUUCUGGUUCUAAACUAUUCUGCUGUUGGUUUCAUGGUAUUAAGCUUGCAGGAAACAAUUGCUUUAUAUGGUAGUGUAUAUUACAUUGGAACCAUUGUACCCAUAUCAUUGAUCCUCCUUGGCAACAUAAUUAAACCAGCAAAGCCUGCCAGAUCUAAAGCCCGGAAGGAGCAGUGAGGUAGGAAUUUCUCCUCCGAUGUUUCUCUUUAGAGUUCCUGGAACGAGAGCAGGAGCAUGGCAGAUAACUGACCGUCUCCUCAACUGUUGCCCAAUUUUUUCAACAUUUCUUUUGAUCUCUGACACUGUGACUCUGUCUGAAUUUUAAUUUCAAUAUAAAUCCUGGGCAUUACAUCUUCA